GUUAGAGCCAUCUGAAGCCAACUAAGAACUGUGGCUCGAAAAUGCUCAUCGAAAAACUAAUAACAUAUCUUGCGCUUGUAAUAUAUUUAGUUGUUCCGUCUCGGUUGUGUGAGGGCGCUCUAAAUUCAAAGAAUGAUAUAACUGUGAUUGAGCCUGUGAGAGGAGCCAUGUGGAUAUCGGGACAACACUCUUACCCUAUCACAUGGACUCAGUCGAAAUUCUGCUUCAAAUGGAAUAUAGAACUGUUGGAUAUUGAAGAGAGAAAAGUCGCACAGAUUUCAACGGGACUAAGCGAGUUUAAAGAGGGAAGCAUGCGUCAUGCUUGGCUUAUUCCACCAACAAUUCAAAACGGCGAUUAUGUGAUCAAAAUUUGUGAGAACAGCGCUCCUGAAAAUUGUGGUAGGAGCAAUUCAUUCUUUAUUAGGACCACUAAAGAGAUUGGACAUGCCGAAGAUACUGAUUUUGACGCGUUUUCCCCGAUACAUACUCCUCAAAUGAAAGAAACUCUUACCUUUUCUGGUAACGCGACGAACAAUGAGAGGUCCGCUGUCCAACGCAGGUUACCGCAUGAGCUGCGCCGACAAAAGCGCACGGAGCGAGAACGGCUCUACUUUAAAUACAUGUCUGAGCGGAUUAGACAUGACCCAGAUCAAUUACAAUGCGCAAUCGAACGCGUCCAUCGACCAUCAAAAGAGACAUUUGUGGAGCAGUAUAUGAAGCCUCGAAAGCCUGCCAUUUUAACAGGAAUGAUGGAUAACUGGGAAGCAAUGAAAUCCUGGAGUUUUGAUAAACUCGGUAGUAUCCUCACUAAAGGAGUGAAGGUUAACAUCAUGGAGAAUACCACUCCCUAUUCACAGUGGAACGAAUUUCGUGCUCUGUUUGCUGACAUGUACAAAGAUCCAGCCCAAGUGAUUAUGACAGAUUUCCAUCAGAUUUACCCUGAGCUUAUGGAUGCAAUAAAUUUCCCGAAAUUUUCUAAAGACUAUUUUGAGGAAGUUGUAGACGAAGAUAUUCGUCCUCCCCAGCUUUCUUUUGAGAUGGCUCCAACAAGAUCUGGUUUUCACUGGCGCGUAGAGGCACUAAAUGCCUCAUUAUGGAGUGCUCUAAUACAAGGCAAAAAGCUUUGGGGUCUUUAUCCACCAUCAAAGUAUUAUGUACCAGGAGUAAAUCACAAUAAUCAUCGAACACAGAAUUCUCAGCAGUCUGAGUCAUUUACCUGGUGGAUUUAUACUAAACCUGAGUUACAAGAUGAACACAAACCACAGGAAUGUCUACAGGAGGCAGGGGAGAUACUUUACAUCCCCUCAGGCUGGUGGUGGAGCAAUGUCAACGUAGAUGACACAAUUACCAUGCAGAAAUCCUUUUGUGACGAAACAAACAUCCGAUCCUGUAUGGACGAGUUGAAAGAAUUAGGUGACAGUGUUGCUGACAACUUCCACGCUGAUGUUUACAUCCAGUUGCGUAACUACUUGGCAAUUCAUGACGCAGGGUUUCUCACAGAUGACGACCGACAAUUUAAGUCUCCUAUAAGAGACCUUGGACAAACUAACAGUGAUCACGGAGAGAAUUUCCACCAAAAUGUGUGGAAGAAAUACUUUGAGGAAGGGAUUGAUGAUGCAAAAUUCUCAAGCAAUCGUGAUGAUGAGGCGAAUGUAUGAUGGUAAACUCACUAAUGUGAUUGCCUCUCUGGCUGUAAAUCUCGUUCGUUUUCUCUCACAACACUUGAGGAUUUGUAUGAAAUCUCGAUGGAAGAUUUACAAGGAAUAAUCCAUGCUUAACACAUAAUUCACAAACCUCUUAGAAACUUCACGGAAGCCCCGCCUGGCAACCAUUGCACACGCAUAGUGACAUAACCUUUAGUGCAAACCCCACAAGUUGUUUAUUUGCCAUAUUUCGCUGCAACUUUCGGAAAUAUCUGUACUCAAAAGAUGCGUCGUAUCCAUGCAUGUUUUAUGUAGUACUGCAUAGAUUCUUAGAAGUUCGUGACAUCGGAAAUUGCUUUUCCACUCGUUUAAUUUGGAUUGAUGCGCUAGCUAUGAAUAGACGCAAAUCUGGUGAAGUGCAAAUGCAAUAUGAGUAUUGGGGUAACUGAAAGAUGAAUG